AUGAGUAGUUUAAUAAAUUAUUCAAAAUUUGAAAAAUUAGAAGUAAGCUCAUCAGAUGAAGAAAAUAGAAGUAGAAAACCUCAAAUAACAACUCUAAAUAAUAAUGACAAAGUAGUAAUAGGACCAGACGGAUUAACAAUUUUAAAAAAAAGUACUGAAGAAAAAACAAAUAAAAAUUUAAAAAGCUUAGAAGGUGAAAAAACUAAUGAUAAAAAUUUGGAAAGCUCAAAAAAUGAAAAUAUUAAUGACAAAAAUAAAGAUAUUUUGAAAAAUAUGAUUAUUAACGGAGGUGUUAUUCCAUUUAAAUGCAUAUGGAACCAGUCAAUUCAUUAUGUUAGUGGUUAUAUAACUUUGCCAUUACAUAGUAAAGCGAAAUAUUUAAUUGUAGAAAUUUAUGAAGAUAAACUGGUUGUUAGAAAAAGAAAAAAUUGUAAUACAUUAAAUAGUGAGAGUAAAAACAAAAAUGAUUUAAAUAAUUAUGAUAUUUUAAUCAAUAAAUAUUUUUCAUUUAAAAUUAACACGAAUGAAGAUACCCAGUUAUGGGAAAUAAAGAAUAUGAAAAUUAAUUGGCAUAAACUUUUUUAUUUAUCAAAUAAGAUAAAUAAUCAAACUAUUAAGUUUGAUUUUGAAGAGAAUAUAGUUGAAAAAGAGGAAACAUUUUUAUAUAUUUCUUUGAAAAAAAAAAAUGAAAUAGAGAAUUCAUAUGUAUGGUGGGGAAGUUUAUUUAAAGAUGAAGAAAAAAUAAAUAUUUCUAAUUUACCUACUAGAAUUUCAAUUAAUAAAAAUAAUAAUAGUACUUCUUUUAAAAAUGUAUGGGAUGAAGCUCAUGAAAUUUUCAAAAAAAAAAUAUCUAAAAAAAAUCCAUAUCCUAUAGAUUCAUAA